CCUAGGCUACUUGGCGAGAGAAAAGCUCCUUUCACACACCUUGCUAAAGAUGCCAACCCAUCAGUGUCCCAGCGGAACCUCCCACAGUUCCAGCAGCAACAGCAGUAGCCACACUCCGACUAGCUCCGGUGGUGUAUUCAGCACCAUGAGUCCACCGAACAGCGCGAUCCUGACGCUCGCAGUGGCUUUCCUUCUCUCUACCAUCCCCCUCUGCAAAAGCGCCCCAGUUUUGCAGCAGAGACCCACGAUAGACUAUGACCAGCUAGUAAACCAGGUAGAUGAUAUCUGCACAUCCUUCUUCUCUGAAGACUUUCCCUUCAGGGCACGUGAGAUGUUGGGAGAGGUGUGUGUCUUGAUGCUGGGGGCUUUACAGAAAGCUCAGGAUUUGACACCAAGAGAUAACAGUAAAAGGUUUUUAUUUCACUAUGCUAAAUCAGGAGGAGAUGAGAUUCAGAAUGAGAUGUUUCCUGUGCUGCAUCCGCUUUUACAGCUGGUUUCUGCGAUGCCCUCUAAGAAGCAAGUGAGAAGAGCUACGGCACUCGAUGAUGUUAAGGGACCAGGAGGAAUACAAAGCAGAGGAUACUUUCUUUAUCGGCCGAGAAAUGGAAGAAGAUCCGCAGAAUAUGUGUAAAUAAAGACAAAAAGUUGUCGCCAGUUGGACCCACUGCACAGACCUGACCUGGUAUCCAGAGGGUGUCAUGGCCUAUACCCUGCAGCUCUCCUAAGCUCCUCCAUGCCCUCCAUGACCACUGUAUCGUGCUGUUGAAUGUACUCAAGAGAAU